AUGGCCUCGACGCUCGAUGCGUGCGUCGCCGCGUGCGGUGCCGCCGCCGACGCCGCGUGCGCCACGUCCUGCUUCACGAGCGCCGGGUACGAGGUCGCGCCGCAGCCUUUUCUGGACACCACGCCGAGCCUCGUCUUGGCGUCGUGUUUGAUCAUGCUCUCCGCGCUCUUCUCGGGCUUGACGCUCGGUCUGAUGUCGCUCGACCCGGUUGGAUUGGAAAUCAUCGCCGAGGGUGGGGCUCCCGAGGACAGGGAGUACGCCAAGGCGAUCAUCCCGGUGCGGAAGAAUGGAAAUCUUCUCCUGUGCACGCUGUUGCUGGGAAACACCGCGGUGAACUCGAUGAUUUCAAUCUUACUCUCGAGCGUGACGAACGGGGCGAUCGGUUUAGUGACGUCGACGCUUGGAAUCGUCGUCUUCGGGGAGAUCACGCCGCAGGCGCUGUGUUCGAGGCACGGGUUGUACAUCGGAGCGAAGACGAUUUGGAUCAUGAAGAUGUUCAUCGCGUUGUUGUUCGUCGUCGCGUAUCCAAUCUCUCUGAUUUUGGAUAGGAUUUUGGGGGUUGAUAUUGGGACGUUUCACACGUCUGAUGAGCUGAAGCACUUGGUGCGCGUGCACGUUGAGAACCCGGAGGGGGCGACGGAGUCCGGGUUGAAUCACCAGGACGCCACCAUGCUCACGGGCGUCCUGGAGUACAAAUCGCUCACCGUCUCGGAUGUUAUGACGACGCUGGAUAAGGUGUACAUGAUCGACAUCUCGACGAAACUUUCGUUCCCGGUGUUGAUGGAAAUUUACAAGAGCGGGUUCACGCGCAUCCCGGUGUACGAGGGAACGCGCUCGAACAUUGUUGGCAUCCUUUUCACGAAGGAUUUGAUUCUCAUCGAUCCCGACGACGAGAUCGAACUCUCGGCACUCUUGGCUUUCCACGGUGGGGCACACGGAGGGUUCUUACGAUACAUCUCGGACACCACGACGCUCGACAAGGUGUUCAUCGAGUUCAAGAAUGCACGCAUGCAUUUGCUUUGCGCGCACGACGAGCACGGACCGCCGCGCAAGGAUGGCUUGAAUGCCGUCGUCACAGGUAUCAUCACCCUCGAGGACGUUCUUGAGGCGCUUUUGAAAGACGAGAUCGUGGACGAGACGGACAACUUGGUGGACGUGAACGAGCCGUCGUCCAUCGUGGAGAGACGGGUGGGACACCGCGGCGCGGAUCCCACCAAGUUCUUGAGCGUCUUCGAACACAAGAUGGUCGAGGAUUUGAAGCUAGGUGAGAACGAGGUUAGUGCAAUUCAGGCUUUCCUUUCGAGCAACGUGCCGGAAUUCGCAACUCUUGGGAAGUAUCCCAAGGUGCUCCGCAAGCUCAUCGAAACAGCGAAGGUGGAGGAGCACGACGAGACAAGCUCGAGCGAUAGCGAUAAUAGUACAGCAGGCACGCCCGGCGUGCAUAGAGCGCGCGAGUACGAGGAGGAUCUGCUCUUCAAGCCAGGCAAGCCAUCGGAUCACUUUGCGCUCGUUUUGCAGGGACAAGUCAGAGUGUUCGCCGGCUCUGAGGACUUUGAGUCGGAGCUCGGCCCGUGGUCCUACAUCGGACAAAGCGCGCUCACCAAGGAACCGUAUGUUCCGGAUUUCCGAGCGUACAGCUGCUCCAGCACGCGAGUUUUAUUAAUCAAUCGUACCGACUACAAGGCUGCGCUCGCGAGCGCGGCAGUCAAGGCGAUGGGCGCCGGGGCGAAGAGACGCCUGCGAGAAGAGGUAAAGCCAAGUGCAGACACGGAGGAUUGA